CGCAGGCCCUCAUGGAAUGAGAAUCUAAUGCAAGGGCCUCACUUUUUCUGCGUGUCUUGACUUCCCCUUUCUUAAGCCCCAACCCAAUUGUGAUCCCAGUCUCUGCCUUUUCUGCCUCAACUGGCCGCAAUGAGCCCCUCAUCUCUCGCCCUUCAUUCCCACUCCAUCUUCACGCCUCGAACGGGGUUCGUAGUCCAUUGCAGGCCACUUCUUCCUUGCCAAAGUGUCGUUUGCUCUGCCAAGCCAGCGGUUUCCUCCACUUCCAACCUCAUCGCGUCUGAUCUCUCCACCAUUCAUUCUGUUGAUCGAAUCGGGUCCCUGAGUCAGGUAUCGGGUGUUUUGGGUUGCCAGUGGGGCGAUGAAGGCAAAGGGAAACUUGUUGACAUCUUAGCUCAGCACUUCGACAUCGUUGCUCGUUGCCAGGGUGGGGCUAAUGCUGGGCACACCAUAUAUAAUGCAGAAGGAAAAAAGUUUGCUCUUCAUCUUGUUCCUUCUGGUAUCCUCAACGAGGAUACUCUGUGUGUUAUUGGAAAUGGGGUUGUGGUGCAUUUGCCGGGGCUUUUCAAAGAAAUUGAUGAACUCGAGUCAAAUGGAGUCUCUUGUGAAGGAAGGAUUUUGAUAUCUGAUCGCGCUCACCUGCUUUUUGAUUUCCACCAAGAAGUGGACGGACUGAGAGAAGCUGAGCUUGCUAAAUCUUUUAUUGGCACUACCAAGAGAGGAAUUGGACCUUGCUAUUCCAGCAAGGUUAUCCGUAAUGGCAUUAGAGUCUGUGAUUUGAGACAUAUGGAUACUUUUUCUCUGAAACUUGACGAUCUUUUGCUAGAUGCUGCAUUAAGAUUCAAGGAUUUCAAUUAUAGUCUAGACAUGCUUAUGGGUGAAGUUGAAAAGUACAAGAGGUAUGCUGAGAGAUUGGAACCCUUUAUUGCUGAUACUGUGCAUGUCAUGAAUGAAGCUAUCUUACAAAAGAAGAAUAUUUUGGUUGAAGGAGGUCAAGCAACCAUGUUGGACGUUGAUUUUGGUACUUAUCCCUUUGUGACUUCAUCAAGCCCAUCUGCAGGUGGAAUCUGCACUGGUCUUGGUAUUGCUCCAAAAGUUGUUGGUGAUUUAAUUGGAGUGGUAAAAGCAUACACAACUAGGGUAGGUUCUGGUCCUUUUCCUACAGAAAUCCUUGGUCAAGAUGGUGAUCUCCUUAGAAAUGCUGGGCAUGAGUUUGGCACCACAACUGGCCGCCCUCGACGGUGUGGUUGGCUUGACAUUGUUGCAUUAAGAUAUAGCUGCCAGAUCAAUGGUUUCUCAUCACUAAAUCUCACUAAGCUCGAUGUCUUAUCUGAUCUUGCUGAAAUCAAGCUGGUAGUCUCUUAUAAACAUGCAGAUGGCACGCCAAUCAAAUUAUUUCCUUCAGACCUUCAAGCUCUUGAACAAUUGCAGGUGGAAUAUGAAUCGCUCCCUGGAUGGAAGAGUGACAUUUCUUCCAUUAGAAACUAUUCUGAGCUUCCGAAAGCUGCUCGCAAUUAUGUGGAAAGGAUAGAAGAACUUGUUGGCGUGCCUAUUCACUACAUUGGUGUUGGGCCAGGACGUGAUGCCCUUAUAUUCAAAUAAGUUGAUGCUGAUUAGUCUCAAGUUAAGCCUUUGAAGUUAGAAUUAUAUAUUCCCGCUAACUUAAAUUUGGAUGAAUACAAAUGUGUAGUAGUGAGGGUUACCUUACUAAUUUUGUUAGUGUUCCCUGCGUUGGCAUUGCUGAGUAUUGACACUACCCUAUAUGUUUCGGCUUUGGAAUAAGACGGGGUAUGCCAGCCAUGGUGUCGCGCCAGUCUUUUUUUGGACCUUGAUCACUCGAGUCUGUCACAUGCAAUGGAGAAUGACCUUAUUGUCUUUUUGGGACUGAAA